GGAGGAGGAAGAGGGAUGCAGGGAGAGCACACCUUACCUCCCUCCCUCCCUUCCCCUCUUUCUUCCUCCCUCUGUCUGUCUCUCCUUCUUCACUCCACAGCGACAGCAGCGCUCACCAACACACCACAACACACCACCGCUGUCGCUGGCACGCUAACACACACACAUACACACACUCACACACACACACUCACACACACACAUACACACACACACUGAGCGGCAUCCUAAACACAGACCGAGACGCCCUUGGACUGCUGCAGGCGAGGAUGAGGGUGCUGUCGUGGGAACAGUGCGGGGAGACGGGCGUGGUCCUGCUGGGCUUCCUGACGCUGGCGGUGUCUGUGGGGAACCUUUCCACCAGGGGGCUGCAGGAGGACGGCGUGGCGUCCAACAGUCUGGAGGACGAGCUGGAGGUGACCACCUACUGGUGGGGGGAGUGGGCCAAGUGGACGGCGUGCACUCGUGCCUGUGGAGGGGGAGUGAUGUCACAGGAGAGACACUGCCUCAAACAGAGAAAGAAAGUUGCUGCUGGGAAGGACAACAUGACCUGCACAGGAACUGCAAAGAAAUACCAUCUCUGCAACACUGAAGAAUGUCCUGCCACUGGGAGGAGCUUCAGAGAGGAGCAGUGCUGGUCCUUCAACUCCCAGCUUUACAAUGGGAGGAACUACCAGUGGAAGCCUCUGUAUCCUGACGACUACGUUCACAUCUCCAGUAACCCGUGCGACCUCCACUGCACCACGACCGACGGCCAGAGGCAGCUGAUGGUAACAGCACGAGACGGCACGUCCUGCAAGUACAGCAGUUACCGCGGCGUCUGCGUGGACGGUAAGUGUGAGCCAAUCGGAUGUGACGGAGUACUGUUUUCCCCCAAUAUCUUGGAUAAGUGCGGGGUCUGCCAGGGGGAUGGCAGCAGCUGCAGCAGAGUCACCGGAAACUUCCGCCGUGGGGCCACGACUCUGGGUUACUCUUUUAUUACUCAAAUCCCUGAAGGAUCAUGGGACAUCCAGAUUAUUGAGAGGAAGAAGUCAGCUGAUGUUCUAGCUGUGACCGACCAGGCAGGCAACUUCUUCUUUAAUGGGGCCUACAAGGUGGACAGUCCCCAGAACUUCCAUGCUGCAGGCGCCGUCUUCAAGUACCGCCGGCCCAUGGAUGUGUACGAGACUGGGAUUGAGUACAUUGUCGCCAAAGGCCCCAUCGACCAGGCCAUCAAUAUUCUGGUGUGGAACCAGAACGGUCGCACACCGUACAUCACUUAUGAAUACACCGUCCUCCGAGACUCCCUGCCACCCGUUCCACCUCCUCCUGUCUACACCGGGUCAGACACCUCUGCUGGAGAGGUCUCUGUGGAGGUGGGGGGUCUGCUGACCCCUAACAGUAGUCUUUAUGACGAGUUGGUCCCUGACAGCCAGAUGGAGCCAGAAGAUGUAGAUGGGCAGAAGGGCCAAGAGACUAACGAGGUGUACGAGGAGACGGCGGCCAUUGACUGCGACCAGGAUGGGGCAGCUGGCCCAAAUUUUGCAGAAGGAAACAGCAGUCAUACAGGCAGCACUGCCAAACCUGCCCCUGCUGGAGGGCCCCUGGACAUGGGGCCAGACUCCCCAAACCUCAUCUGGAGGGUCCUGCUGGACGGCCGCAUUAACCCCGACGAGCUGCUCAUCAACAUCUCAACCAAUCAGCUGCUGACAGAGGGAGACAGUUUGUUCUCGUCAGAGUUGGGACCAGUGGACAUGGACCUGAGCAGCCUGGAGCCAGACGGGUCGUUUGGUGUCAACGAGACGCUGGAGUUUACUCUGGGUCGCAAACGCAACGACAGCGGGGACGGUUCCUACCAGAACAAAACAGUGCAGGGUGGAGGGAGGAGCUCGAGCCGCUCCAACAGAACCAGGGGGAAUCAAAGGAUCUACCAGAAGAACCUGAAGCUGAGCGCUGCUGACAUGUACCGCUGGAAACUUUCCUCUCAGGAGCCCUGCAGCAUGACCUGCUCUAUAGGAGUAUCAAAGUCCUUCGUCACAUGUAUUCGUUAUGACGGCGUCGAGGUGCACGAUAUGUACUGUGAUGCUCUGACCAGACCGGAGCCGGUCCACGACUUCUGUAUUGGGAGAGAAUGUCAGCCCAGAUGGGAGGCGAGCAGCUGGAGCGAGUGCUCCAGGACCUGUGGGGAGGGUUUUCAGUUUCGUCAAGUUCGCUGUUGGAAGAUGCUCUCGCCGGGCCUGGACAGCUCAGUGUACAGCGACCUCUGUACCAUGGCCGACCUGGAGAGACCCGUGGAGAGACGGCCCUGCAAGAGCCCCGCCUGCGGCCCUCAGUGGGAGGUGGCUGAGUGGACUGAGUGUCCUGCGAAAUGUGGCCGCAAAGCCCAGGUGACCCGCGAUGUCCGCUGCUCUGACGAGACCCGACCAUGUGACCCGAUGACCAAACCACCAAAUGUCAAAAACUGCACCGGUCCACCUUGUGAACGCCACUGGACUGUGUCUGAGUGGGGGCCUUGCUCAGGGUCGUGCGGCCAGGGGAAGACGGUGCGUCAUGUGUACUGUAAGGCUCCGGAGGGGCGCGUGGUUCCUGAGAACCAGUGCUCUGCGGAGGAAAAGCCGCUGGCCAUCCACCCCUGUGGGGAGAGAGACUGUGCUCCAUACUGGCUGAGCCAAGACUGGGAGAGGUGUAACACAACCUGUGGUCGAGGUGUGAAGCGCAGGCUCGUCCUCUGCGUCGGCAUCAGUGGAGGAAAGUUCCAGGUCUUUGAUGAGGAGGCGUGUGGAGGCAGCGAGAAGCCCGAAGAGGAAAACACCUGCUUUGAGAGACCGUGCUUCAAAUGGUACACCACGCCCUGGUCUGAGUGCACAAAGACGUGUGGCGUGGGUGUGAGGAUGAGGGAUGUCAAGUGUUACCAGGGCAGGGAGCUGGUCCGAGGCUGCGACCCCCUCACCAAACCUGUGGCCAAACAGACCUGCACCCUGCAGCCCUGCCCCACGGAGCCGCCAGAUGAGAGCUGCCAGGAUCGUCCCUCCACCAACUGCCUGCUGGCGCUGAAGGUCAACCUGUGCAGCCACUGGUACUACAGCAAGGCCUGCUGCCACUCCUGCCGCGCCCUCCGACCUCCAACCUCCUAGUCCAGGAAACCGCCGCCUCUCUCCACCCUGACUCCAACUCCAGCAUGAGGAAAGAAAUGGGUACGUUUAAGUCCACGUGGUCCAACAGUUACUGUGAACAGUGAGAGGAAAGUCCAGAGCGACCUACAAUAACUUUGAUUCACAUGUGUUCAUUUAUCAAGUUGGAUAAUUUAAAGGAAAUCUUGAACAUUUUGCCAGUCCUGUUGAUGCUGCAUCAACUGCGAUGUUCACACGUAAAACAAAAUCCCUCUUUGAAUUUGAAAAUACACCCUCCCACCAGACAACCACGGGCAAAUGCAUGUGCUUCAUACAGUUCAACCUUGUGUUUCCCCUACAUGGAUUUAUUUAAUCUUAUUUCAUUGUAGAGUUGCACAGAUUCACUCAGCACCUCCUUGCCCAAACCACAAAUGAGACAAGAAUUAGCUGCUAGCCACCUGGUAGUCCCUCCGCCUCCCUCCCCGCCACUGUGGACUGCUUCCCUGGGAGGAAAGCAGACGGCAGCUCCAGAGACCGACCUUCAGUCAGCCACUGUAGCAGCUUGAAUUCAGCAGUUACAACAGCUGGUGGUCGACAGCAGCACCGGCUCUAAGCUGUGUAACGGCAGAACAGACAGUUUGCUGAUCCACAGGAGAGUUGGGGCUGUCGGGUUUCGCUGCUGCCCGCUCUCCUCCCAGCGAGGUGGUCCGUAGUGGCGGGGAGUGAGGCAGAGAACACACUGAGCUAAUGUUAGCUACAUAAAUGUGAACUUGAAGCCACAGUCAUGAGCCUUUAGCUACAGUUAGUAGAAGGCUAGAAUAUUAGCAACAUUUUGUCUCCAUCUCUGAAACACUUCGCUGAUAUGGACACACUCUUUUAGACUCUUUGAUUUGAUUAGUCCGUCUUCCUUUUUGGGGUUGCUUUGCAAUGUUGCCAGUGUUGGAAUAGCAACUUUCUCUGGAUUCUCCACCAUUGAAUCAGACUUUCACUGAAGAGACAUGCAUCUGCAUUUGUAGAACAGCAAAUAGGAAUGCCGUCUCUCUAAAAAUGACCUGUGAUCGACCAUAGACGCUCGUCAUUGGCUAGAUUUUCUAAAACCUGACAACAGAGCCAAGAGGAGGUGCAGAAGUUCAGUUUUCUCUUGAAUUACAAUAUGCUCAAAGUUUAUUUGGGGAUUUUUGCCCAGACAGCAAAAUAAAACUACCUAACCCAGCUUUACAAAAAGGACUUUUUUGUUUUCUUGUCCCAAAAAAUAUUUUCAUGAUCAUUUCCAAUAUUAUCUCAAGACCUCGUGCAACCGUAAAGCCAGUUCUUAUCAGCUGUUGUUGAUUAAUUAUCAGUUCUGGUAGAAAAUCUUCCUCUAACAACACGUGGAGUCGGAGUAAAAGUGGAGUCAACACUCAGACGGUGUGACAGGCCUCCACCAUCAGUUAGCAGCUCGCUCUUGUUGUGUUCAUCGCUGCAAUGAAAAGAUCUAUUAAAUUAUUUCUCAACUGAAUAUACUGCAUGACUAGAAUAUUUAAUACAGAUACUGUUUAUGGAAUAUUAUUUAAUUGUGUUUCAGUUUGGUGUCCGGCAUGUAAAAAGUUUGUAAUUCCAUUCCACCCCCUGCCCGCUUGGCGCAGUGCCGGUACGCCUGCAGGAUAUGGAAGCAUAUUUAUUAGUCAUAGCACAUUUUCAUUUAUCGUGACGCUCCUGAUGCCAGCCGGCGGUUAUUCAUCGGGUUAACUGAUGCCAGUUCUGGUCUGUGUGUGACAGAGGAGAGUUAAUACAAACACAGAGGAUUCCUGACACUUGAAGUAUGGCUGAAAUGUAUUCAUGUAUGUCUCAUUUUUAACUAUUGCGUACUGUGUUUUUAUAUAACUGAUACCUCUUUGUACAAAACGUAAGUAUGGACAUUGUGUACUGUUGAUAAUAGGCUGAAAACCUAAUGGUA